AUCACGCCAUAAUGCAGUUAGCGCCCACACAUGCUUACUAGUGCAUUUUAAGAAAUUUUGCAUAAUCUUCGGCAACAAAAAAUUGUAACAUUCAUUGUUGCAGUUAGCACACAAUUUUCAUACGGUUAACAUCCAAAGUCAAUGCCACUUAAGAAGGAGUCCGAUUUAGCGGAAGGUUUGCAAAGCAACGACACAUCAUCAACUUCCAAGAUUUUUAUCACUACAUCUUCGCAAACGCAACCGUCUUCAGCAAUAAAGCACGCAAUGACAGCGUUAGGAUCGUUGGAACCUUUCGACAUCAACCAUCCGGAGAACUGGAAAACCUAUUAUGCCAGAUUCGAGCUUUUUCUUCAGGCCAAUGACGUACAGGUGGCCGAACGUCAAAAAGCGAUAUUUUUGACACUAGCCGGCGCCACACUUUAUGACCUCCUGUCGUCAUUGGCAUCGCCCAAAAAGGUGAGUGAUCUUCAAAUUUCUGAAAUUGAGACCAUCCUUACUAAGCAUUUUUCCCCUCGCCCUUCGGAAAUUGCAUCAUUCUACAAAUUUCACAAACGUGACCAAAUGCCAAACGAGACAUUCGCGGAGUACGUAGCUGUAUUGAGACGAUUAGCAAUCGACUGCAAUUUUGGUGAUGCUUUGGACCGUAUGCUUCGCGACCGUUUGGUAUGCGGAUUGAGAGACGAAGCUCUACAACGUAACCUUCUUGCCGAAAGUGACCUGCAACUACAGAAGGUGAUCGAAAAGGCUUCAACCGCAGAAGCUGCAUCUAAAAACGUGUUGGUAAUUCGACAACCUGAACAUGUCAACCAAAUUGCCAAACAAAAUCAACAGCAUGCAAAGAAGGCAUGCAACAACAACAAGAGUAAAAAUCAGCGAGGUACAACUACAACCAAACCAUGUAAUGGUUGUGGAGGCGCACACCUUCGAUCACAGUGCUCUUACAAGGAAACAAUAUGCUCGGCUUGUGGCCUUAAGGGGCACUUACAACGCGUUUGUCGCUCGACCAACCAAAAUCCAACUACGGAGCGCUCAGCUUCCACCAACAAAAAUCGUAUCCAACAAAACAAAUCGAAACCGCAAUCGAUAAAUCAAAUCUCGUGCUCAACAAGUCGGAAAAAAUCAACAACAGUAACUAUCAAUGGAAAGCCGUGUGUAUUUGAAGUGGAUUCAGGUUCUGACUACACUAUACUGUCAUCUAAGACAUUCGACAAAUUAUGGCCCACAGGUAAGCCAGUUCUAUACGAAUGCGGUCUCAAGUUGAGGGAUUUUCAGCAUAAUGGCGUUCCUAUCAAAGGUACUGUAGAUGUCGAAGUCUUAUACGACAGGCGUAGAAUAAAAGAUUUACCACUUUUAGUGGUAAAUGGGAAUCAAACUAAUGUUUUAGGGUGUAACUGGUUUGAUGCAUUGGGCAUAAGUGUUCAGGGAGUGCUACUCAUCGAUGAGUCACGAAACAUAAAAUCGGUUUUAAAGAAAUUUAAUCAUCUUUUCUCAGCUGAGCUAGGGAAAUUCACGGGAAAAUCAGUUUCGUUACGUGUUAAAGAUGGUGUUGAACCAAUAAGACUUCCGGUACGCCGGAUUCCCAUUGCUAUAAGAAGCCUUGUUGAAGCUGAACUUGACCGAUUGUGCUCACAAAAAAUUCUCGAACCAGUUGAAUAUUCUGACUGGGCAACUCCUAUAGUCCCAGUUACCAAAAGCGAUGGGUCGAUCAGAAUUUGUGGCGACUAUAAGUCGACUCUUAAUAAAGCGCUCCUUCCGCACAAUUUUCGAAUUCCUUCCGUGAGCUCGCUUCUUUCCUCAAUUGAAGGAGGAAAAAUUUUUGCAAAACUAGAUCUAGCCCAGGCCUACCAACAGCUGGUUGUGGACGAAAAAUCUGCCAUGAUGCAAACUAUUAUCACGCAUAAGGGGGGCUUUUAGGGUAAAUAGACUCCA